CGGGGGCGGCGGCAACAGCGGCGGCCUAGGGAGGCGGCGGCCUGGCCUGGCCUGGCCUGUCAGGGCGCGGGCAGCGGUGGUCCAGCACCAUGUCCCUGCAGUACGGGGCGGAGGAGACGCCCCUGGCCGGCAGUUACGGCGCGGCCGACUCCUUCCCCAAGGACUUUGGCUACGGCGUGGAGGAGGAGGAAGAGGAGGCGGCGGCGGCUGGCGGCGGCGGCGCGGGGGCCGGCGGCGGGUGCGGCCCCGGCGGCUCUGACAGCUCCAAGCCAAGGAUCCUGCUCAUGGGGCUGCGGCGCAGCGGCAAGUCCUCCAUCCAGAAGGUGGUGUUUCAUAAGAUGUCACCCAAUGAGACUCUCUUUUUGGAAAGUACCAACAAGAUUUAUAAAGAUGACAUUUCCAAUAGCUCUUUUGUGAACUUCCAGAUUUGGGAUUUUCCUGGGCAGAUGGACUUCUUUGACCCAACCUUUGACUACGAGAUGAUCUUCAGGGGGACAGGAGCGUUGAUAUAUGUCAUCGAUGCACAGGAUGACUACAUGGAGGCUUUAACACGACUGCACAUCACUGUUUCUAAAGCCUACAAAGUUAACCCAGACAUGAAUUUUGAAGUUUUUAUCCACAAAGUCGAUGGUCUGUCUGAUGAUCACAAAAUAGAAACACAGAGGGACAUUCAUCAAAGGGCCAAUGACGACCUUGCAGAUGCCGGGCUGGAAAAGCUCCAUCUUAGCUUUUAUUUGACUAGCAUCUAUGACCACUCAAUAUUUGAAGCCUUUAGUAAGGUGGUACAGAAACUCAUUCCACAACUGCCAACUUUGGAAAACCUAUUAAAUAUCUUUAUAUCAAAUUCAGGUAUUGAAAAAGCUUUUCUCUUUGAUGUUGUCAGCAAAAUCUACAUUGCAACAGACAGUUCCCCUGUGGAUAUGCAGUCUUACGAGCUUUGCUGUGACAUGAUUGAUGUUGUGAUUGACGUGUCUUGUAUAUAUGGAUUAAAGGAAGAUGGAAGUGGAAGUGCUUAUGACAAAGAGUCGAUGGCCAUUAUCAAGCUGAAUAAUACAACUGUCCUUUAUUUAAAGGAAGUAACUAAAUUUUUGGCACUGGUUUGCAUUCUUAGGGAAGAGAGCUUUGAACGAAAAGGUUUGAUAGACUACAACUUCCACUGUUUCCGCAAGGCUAUCCAUGAGGUGUUUGAGGUGGGUGUGACUUCUCACAGAAGCUGCAGCCACCAGACCAGUGCCCCCAGCCUGAAAGCGUUGGCACACAAUGGCACACCGCGGAACGCCAUCUAGUCUGAAUCUCAGCGGUUGAGGCUCAGGGCCGGCUCACUCCUCACUCCAGGGUCAGGUGCCAUGUGCUACAGGACACGCGAGCUGCUGCCCAUGGGAGUCUGGGGAUGACGGUGGAGCUUCUCGUGUUGAUGAAAGCCCUUCAGCCAGCUGUGUGCAACUGAAGCUGCCAUGUCUUUACAGUACAGCGCAAGAGUUAUAGAGACCUCAGAGCUCAGUGUGUCUUUCUCCCCUAUUGAGUCCUAC